UCUCUCUGUCUGUAGGGGGCUGAGUGAGGGGACACACUUCUCUCAGUCUCUCUGGGCGAGUGGAGGUGAACACAUCGUGUACAGCGAGGAGGGAGAUGGAAAUCUGUCUGACUUUUAUUCUUCUCUCAUCCACACUCACACUCACAGCAGCUGACAGUGUGAGGUUGGUGAAUGGUGGAAGUCGCUGUGCUGGGAGAGUGGAGGUUCUUCAUGAGGGACAGUGGGGAACAGUGUGUGGUGAUGAGUGGGAUAUGGAUGAUGCUGCAGUGGUGUGUGGAGAGCUGCGCUGUGGGGAGGCUGUAAAUGCACCAAAAUUCGGUCAUUUUGGACCAGGAUCAGGACCAAUCUGGAUGGUUUACGUGGAAUGUAGAGGAUCAGAGUCGACACUGAAGAACUGUAGAUCAUAUAGGAAGGGGGAACGUUAUGGCUGUGAUCAUAUACAUGAUGCUGGAGUCACCUGCUCAGGUGAAAAUGUGAGACUCACUGCUGGUCCUCACCGGUGCUCUGGGAGAGUGGAGGUGUUUCAUGGAGGUUCCUGGUCCACAGUGUGUGAUGCUGACUUUGACCAGCAGGAUGCAGAGGUUGUGUGUCUGGGCUGUGGGAUUCCUGUGGAGGUGCUGGGAUCAGCUGCUUUUGGCCGAGGGGAGGGUCAGGUGUGGACAGAGGAGCUUCAGUGUAGAGGCAACGAAUCUGAGAUUUACUUCUGUCCAACAUCAUCUUCACUCAAACACUCAAACUGCUCCCAUUACAACGAUGUGGGAUUAAUAUGUUCUGGUCACACAGAGGCUCGGCUGGUGAACGGAUCGGACUCCUGUUCUGGUCGAGUGGAGCUCCGGUACCUCAGUGAGUGGGGCACAGUUUGUGCUGUAGGCUGGGAUAUGAGAGCUGCAGAUGUUCUCUGUGCACAGCUGGAUUGUGGGAGUGCUGUUGCUGUGGUGGAGGUGGACUGGUUUGGGGAGGGGAGUGGCCACAUCUGGGCUGAUGUGUUUGAUUGUCAGGGGAAUGAGACACACCUAUCACAAUGUGGCAUCUCAUCAUGGAGUCGAGCUGCAUGCUCUCAUAAACACGAUGCUGGAGUCAUCUGUAAUGGAUCAUCCGUGGCGUUUCAUGAGGGGCGAGUGCGGUUGUCUGGAGGGAGCGAGUGUCAGGGGGAGGUGGAGAUUUAUUUCAGGCAGGACUGGAGGAGAGUUCUCCUGGACUCGUGGAGUCUGUCUGAGGCGUCUGUGCUCUGCAGACAGCUGGGCUGUGGCUCCGUGCUGAACUACCGCUCCUCUCCAUCCACCACUGAACACAAACACAUGUGUGUAACGGGUUUCAGCUGCUCUGGGAGUGAUGCUCAUCUCGGGAACUGCAGCAGUGCACAAACUGUCAACUGCAGCUCUGGGGAACAGCUGUACAUCACCUGCUCAGGUAUCUUUAACCCCGCCCACAGCUCCAUCAGGCUGGUUGGUUCUGGGGGAGACUGUGCAGGAAGGCUGGAGGUUUUCCACAGCGGCUCGUGGGGGACAGUGUGUGAUGACUCGUGGGAUAUUGAGGAUGCGCAGGUGGUGUGCAGACAGCUGCAGUGUGGAGAGGCCCUCAGUACCCACAUACCAGCCUGGUUUGGUCCUGGAACUGGGUCCAUAUGGCUGAAUGAGGUGGAGUGUGAGGGGAACGAGACGUCCCUGUGGAACUGCAGAUUUCAGCUGUGUGAAGAGGGAGAAUGUGGACACCAGGAGGACGUAAGAGUCAUGUGCUCAGAGUUUAAAGAGAUCCGACUCACGGAGGGCUGUGAGGGGAAUCUGGAAGUGUUCUACAAUGGAACCUGGGGUAAUGUGUGUCACAAUCAGAUGGAUGAUGAGACAGUAAACAUGGUGUGUCGAGAGCUGAACUGUGGAAGAAGUGCCAGUCUGUCAAACACUGAAGCACGAGUAAAAUCUGCUCCUAACUGGCUGGAUUAUCUGAAGUGUAGGAAACACGACUCUAACCUGUGGCAGUGUCCAUCUUUACCCUGGGGACAGAACAGCUGUGAUAAUCGUGAUGAGGUGGCUCGUAUUACCUGCACAGAUGAUGGAAAGUCUCUACAUACACAAGAAAAUUGCUCUUCAUUUCCCUCUCAGAAACAUCGCUCAAAGCACUGGUCUCUCAGGCUGAGUGGAGGAAAGGGAAGCUGCUCUGGGAGGUUGGAGGUGUAUCAUAACGCUACGUGGGGCUCCGUUUGUGAUGAUCAGUGGAACAUCAGGAACGCUCAGGUGGUGUGCAGACAGCUGGGCUGUGGGUCGGCACUGAGUGCUGAUAGGAAUGUUUCGUUUGGUGCUGGUGAAGGGACUAUCUGGCUGAACAGAGUGAAGUGUCGAGGGGAUGAGAUUCACCUGUGGGACUGUCAUCAUUCCCUGAAGAAACACACUGACUGCUCUCAUGCUGGAGUCACCUGUGCAGACUUAUCUGUGUCCGCUGCAAUUAAACCCAUGUCAACAACACACACCACCAUGACAGUAAAUCAGUUAAUGAGUAUUCCCACUCUAAAACCAACACCUGGAGCUCCAUCCACCCCUCCACAGCUUCUCUUUGUGUUGGGAUUGCUGCUCUUCCUGGCCUUAGUGCUUCUGCUGGUACUGUUUCACCAGAACAGAGUGCUCAAGAGAGUUCUCUCUAAGACUCAGCCUGAGGUAGUCUAUGAGGAGAUCAAUCAUAGACAACACACUACUUAUGAGGCAAUCAACCACAGAUACAGCAUUAGAAGAACCACAAGCUCAAAUCAAAGAAUUGUCUCUAAGAGGAGGCGUAAGACUCAGCCUGAGGCAGUCUAUGAGGAGAUCAACCACAGACACAUCACUAGAAGAAGCACGAGCUCCAGUCAAAGAGGAAGUCUCCUCUCUGAAGAACAGCAUUCUGGGUAUGAGGAGGUGGAUGAUGAGCUUCUCUCAGUAAAGUCUGGGAUUGGAGAAAAGGCUGAGUAUUAUGAUGAUGUCAUCGACACCAGUGACUUCAUAAGUGAUACAGGAAGAGUUGACCCACCAGGGGACUACGAUGAUGCCGUCACUGCUGGACCGAUCCCUGAUAACGUGGAUGGGGAUGAAGCAGAGAAUUAUGAUGACGCCAUUACAGCUGAUCAGAAGUCAGUUAUACUGACAGAGGACGUGUCCGAGAACUAUGAUGAUGCAGUUUCCAUGGAAACAAACCCAAACAUCAUCACAGUAGACAGUCCAGAAGAUUAUGAUGAUGUCAUCACUGAGGAACAGGAUGUAGGAGAGACAGAAGAAUAUGAUGAUGUGGAGAAGAAAUCUCAGAAAGACAGGGACCAUGUGACUGAGACACGCCACCAAAGGCCUUUUCUCAGGAAAUUACACUUUUUUAAACGCAAAAAAUGAUUUUAUUAUACUUCCAAAAAUGUCAUGUUUUCUCAAAUGUGUUCAUUUUCCCCUAGUUAUUAGCAAAUAGAGUAGGGAGAGUUAAAUCACCUUUCAUCUUACCUAAUGCAAUGUCUCCAGCUUUUCUUUUACAACACUUUUUAUUUCUUAAAACAAUCUUGUUUAUUAAUUUUUUUUAAAAAAAGACACAAAUUACCUUUAUGUUCAAUGCUAUUAUUUUAGCUAUAAACCAUAGUUGAACUGGAUUAGAGAAUUCUGUUCUGCUCAUUAUCUGGUCAUGGUGUAUAGCCGCCACCUAGUGGCCAUUUUCAAUAUUGCAGUUUUGUUAUUCUUCCAUACGCUGUGUUGAUUUAGUUCGGUAACAGUCAACGUGCAGCAUCGGCUUCAAUUCAGCUCACAAACAGUCAUUGCCUUGGAGAAAGAUAUGCCUGUAAGUUUGCUGACUAUUUGUAAGCGAUCUAUAAGAGUGUUAUGUGGUAACAUAAUAUUACUUCUUGAAAGUGAAGUUUGUGAUCGAUGUAAUAUGAUAAUGUGAGAAAGUUUUCCAUCACAUCUAUACGCACAUGCAGACUGUACGCAUUCAUAUACAUAUGUAUAUCAAACGAAUUAAUGUAAUUUCAUUUCUUGUUUAUUGUAUUACAGUUUUACAACAAAGGAAAAGAGCAAUCCCAGAAGUAAACGUUCUGGAAAGGAUAAACUAUUUUUGUGUGUUUGUUAGCUAGCUGUCUAGCUUCUUCAGAGUGAUGCAGUUGAGAGGACAGCAUAAAUUCCUUCAUGAAAUUUUCAUACUAUGACAUGCUAAUUAGAUAGUUUGCUAUAUUGCAUUUUUUAUUGUUGCAGUUUUUAGGUAGCUGGCUAUGUUGCAAGCCAGAUAUAGUAUAUGCAAGUAUCAUAAAUAUAUACACAGGUUUCAUUAAGUAUUCUCAGAUUUUCAUUUUAAAUUCUCAGGUUUCAUUCAGGAUUCACAGGUUUGUUUCCUUAUUCUCAGGAAUUUGUUUUAUUUUCUAAGGUUUCAUACAAUAUUCUCAGAUUCUUUGUUUUAUAAUCUCAGGUUUAAUUCAAUAUUCUCACUUUUUAAAUGAGUGAUGGCCAGUUAAUUUUAAUAUUACAUCUUAUUAAACAAUAUACAAGCAAAUGUGACUUUUUAGCUUUCCAGAAUGAGAACAAGUAAAUAUUUUGAAUUCUGCAUAGUUUUAUUUGCUCUUUUGCCUAUUGUGUAACAAUCACCUAUUUUUAUACAUUCAAUGAAAUAAAAAUUCUUUGAUUAUUUUUAGUAUAAUGUGAUGAUGUGUGUUUGAGUUGAGUGAGUGGCUCUUGUAGUGAUGAAUCUGUGGUCAAUGUCCUUAU